AUGCGUAUCUGCUUUCAAAGGCAAAACAACUUUUGCUCCCUCUUCUGUCACCUGGUCUUCUCAUUUAGCUUGGCCCAUUUGUCCUUUCUAACUCGUCAACUCUCCCUCCAACUCACCUCUGAUUUACUCUUCUCUUCAUCUGGCUGCAAUGAAUUGACCUGGCCUCUCUCCCUUCCCCCCACAAUAUAUAAUCAUAAUAAAAAAUCUCUGCCCCCCCCUCUCUUUCUCUAUGUAUAUUUUGCCUCUCUCUCUCUCUCUUUUUUGCUACUCUGUGUGCCUGUCUCCCUCUUCUCUUCUCUCCCUCUUCUCUUCUCUCCCUCUUCUCUUCUCUCCCUCUUCUCUUCUCUCCCUCUUCUCUUCUCUCCCUCUUCUCUUCUCUCCCUCUUCUCUUCUCUCCCUCUUCUCUUCUCUCCCUCUUCUCUUCUCUCCCUCUUCUCUUCUCUCCCUCUUCUCUCUUCUCCUCUUCUCUUCUCUCCCUCUUCUCUUCUCUCCCUCUUCUCUUCUCUCCCUCUUCUCUUUCUCCCUCUUCUUCUUCCCUCUUCUCUUCUCUCCCUCUUCUCUUCUCUCCCUCUUCUCUCUCUCCCUCUUCUCUCUUCUCCCUCUUCUCUUCUCUCCCUCUUCUCUUCUCUCCUCUUCUCUUCUCUCCCUCUUCUCUUUCUCCCUCUUCUCUUCUCUCCCUCUUCUCUUCUCUCCCUUCUCUUCUCUCCCUCUUCUCUUCUCUCCCUCUUCUCUUCUCUCCCUCUUCUCUCCCCUCCCCUCCCUCUUAUUCCUUUCAAAUAUGUUAAACCUUUUUUCUUGCUUUAUGCCUUCUUGUAUUCCUCCACCUACAAUCCUCUCAUGGUAGUCUCUUCUUUGUCUAUCAAUUCCAGUAUCCUAACACUAUUCGAAAACACUCUCCAAUUCAUUUUUCCUUCCUUCAUUCUCACCCACAUUUCUUCAAAUACCCCCACCCAGUUCAGUUUCUCCCCUUCCAUUCAAAUUUCACUUCCCUAUCCAAUAUCAAGAACCAUAACUGACCAAAUCCAAGAAUCUCUAUCUCUCUCUCUCUAUCUCUCUCUCUCUCUCUCUCUCUCUCUCUCUCUCUCUCUCUCUCUAUCUAUCUCUCUCUCUCUCUAUCUCUCUCUCUCUCUAUCUCUCUCUCUCUCUCUAUCUAUCUAUCUAUCUAUCUAUCUCUCUCUCUCUCUCUCUCUCUCUCCCUCUCUCUCUCUCCCUCUCUAUGUCUCCUGGCCAAAACACCAAGCACUUCCAUUUGGUGAAAGUGACACCUUAAAGAGUUCUCGGAGCACGAGCAGCACGCACACGGGUGGAAACUCUGCAGAGCAUUCAGCUGACCACUCUACACUGCAGACGUUUCAUCCACAGGCCACAUGUCAGGACAGUCUGAUGGACAGUGAAUGCCCACCUGACACAAUUGAGCGGAUCCAUCGGUUCCCUAACCUCCAGGGAACGCCGCCUCCUCCAACAUUACGCAGGGCCUACCUCAGAGUAGACCCCAAUAGCACGGCAGGGGACAGAUACCAUGGCUCUCAACCACCAGGAGCAUGGGACACGGAUACAGAUGAAGACGUUGCCUCUCAGCAACAGCAGCAGCAGCUUCUGCAUCAUUUUCAUCAUCACCAUCAUCAUCACCAUCCAGUCCUCUGUGAUUCUAAUGCUACUGGCGGCCCAACUCAUUUACUGGCUGGCAGUGGCCUGGGUUCUGGUUCCACCCAGGCCCCCCAGUUACCAUGCUCCCAGUCUCCUGCCUACACUUCCAUGGCAAUGCCUCUGCCGCCACACACGGAUACCUGUCCUCCAUAUUCCACUGUUACUGCUCGAGUCCACUGCAAGAGCCCUUCUUCUAUAUACAUCCACAACCGGCCAUGUUCAUCACCGUUGCCUUCCUGCAACGACCUUUCUGUAAAUAAUAAUAAUAAUAAUAAUAGCAACAACUGUAAUCCAGCAGCCAGACCCUCUUAUGAGACUGUAUUGACAGCGCAUCCACAAACACAACCACCAUCGCCUCCCCCUCCGCCCCCAUUAUCCUCCCAACAACAACAAAAACAAUUGCUACUUUUGCAGCAGCAGAAUCAAUCCCAGCCUUCGUCAUUUUGUCCCUCUUGCCCGUCUCCCCCAUUGCAUUCCAUUCGCCCCCUCACUACCCCUCCAAGUCCACAGAACCUUCCUCCACGCAUCACCACCUGCCACCACACACACUCCCCCACACAGGUAGCAGAACUUUUGACGUUUGAGAAAAAAAAAAAAUUCCCUUCUUUUCUACAUUUUUCCCACUUCUCCCUCCCUUCUCCUCACCACCCCCCAUCUUGA